UGUGUUGAAGGACAGACGACCUUAUGGUGGCCCAGGUCGCUGCGGCGGUGCUCGUAGACAACAACAACAACUGCCCAGUUUGCAAUAACAAGAUGUUCAAUAGUGUAUUGACAUCGAACAUUUGUGCAACAAACGCAUGCCAGUAAGACAUCAAUGCACUGGUUACAACACUUACAAAUUAUUUAAAAAUUGAGAAACGUCAACUGUGUUUGUUAAAAUGACUUAUAAGAUUACAAAUGAGGUUAAACAAGAGAAAAACACCAACUUGCUUGUUUAAUGGCUUUAAAACACUUACGGAUGUGCCUGCAUAGACUAGGAAGUGGCAUUGUCUCUGUCAAUUUUGCAAACACCUGUGCAUAUGCAUGCGCAGAUGUUUUAGAUUCAGUAUAACUGUGUUUUAUGUAAAUGCUGAGAUAAACGGCGGAUGUGUUGUGUUUGUGAAGCAACGAGUGACUUAUAUUAUGCAAAGAAUUGUUGCAUCUGUGGCAGAAACAAGUGACUGUCUAGUAUGCAAAGUCUGUCAGAAGAGUCACACUUGUGAUGAGAUGAGUGACUUAUCAACCAAGCAAAGUCUAUCACAAGUUACAUCGGCAAUCUAAUAAGUGACUUAUCGACCAAGCAAAGUCUAUCACAAGUGACUUCAGCAAUCUAAUAAGUGACUUAUUGACCGAGCAAAGUCUGCCGGAACAGUCAAACAAGUGAACAACCUUAUGCAAAGUCCUUGACUGGAUCUUAUGCAAUUAGUGAUUGAUGUUUUGAAAAUUUUUUUUGUACACAUUUAUAAGACUUUGUACAGAUGGUUAAUUUAGGGAGUUCAGAAACACUCAGAAGUAUGAUUGUAUACAUAGUGUAUGAUUGGUUACCUGUAUACAUAAUGUAUGAUUGGUUACCUGUAUACAUAGUGUAUGAUUGGUUGCUUGUAUACAUAGUGUAUUUCCUUGUUGUAUUAUCGUUUGGCUUUAUUGUAUUGUUGAGUUUUCAAAGCUCUGAGCUUGACAGAGUGAGCUCUGAGUGUCAAUAAGCUCUGUAAUUAACCCUUUUGAGGUUCGUUCUGUAGUACUUUGGUUUUGAGGUCAGGAUCUGGGCUACAGUACUGCUGUUUUGAGGUCAGGGUCCGUGCAGUAGUUCUAUGUGAUCAGCUCAGCUCACUCAGAUAAGCUGUGAGCUGUAAAUUUGGGCCUAGAUAUGAGAGAAUGGGUCUAUGUGGUAAGUGUGCACCAUGCAUUGCAUGAUGGGAGAAAACUGUGACUGUGUUUGGGUUAAAAUAACAACUUUGGAAUAUAUUUUCGAUGAUUUUUAUGUCUGUAUUCUUGGUCUCAUUUGAUAGAAUGGAAGAUUUGUUACAGAAAUAGAGAUGAAUUUGAUUGGUAUCAGGACUGGAAGUAGCUUGAAAUUGAGCUCAAGGUAACAGAAAUGUUCGAUAUUGGCCGAUAUUCCAGAAGACACAAAUAGUCACUCAUCCAAUACGGGUCCAUCUGGCCAGUCUAAUAUGCAUUUACAUAUGCACUGACAUUUAUACAAUUUUUACAAUUAUGCAGUAGUCUACAUAACAUUAAAUUUUUUUAUUUUUUGUGUGAAUAAAAAUUCAAAAUGGAAAGGAAGCAUAAUAUAGGAGAGUCGCCAGAGACGUGAGUCAUGAACGAAGAAAAUGCUGUAUUGGUGCCAUAAAUGUCUGCAUUGUUUAUUCUGGACCCUAUUUUAAAAUUGGCCGUAUUUGAAUUUUGUGUGAAACUGGCUAAAUUACCAAUUUCUGAUCACUUUAUUGGGUAAUUUAAAUAGGUAAAUGGGUGGUUUCUUGUGUUCGCUCAAUAGAAUGGAAGACAUGCUAGCGAAAUAGCUAUGAGUUUGGUCAAUUGGAACAAUGGAAUUGAUCUAAAAUAGGGCUCAAAGUGGGCAAAAUUGCCAAUUCAUAAACACUGCCAAGACUGCUAACUUUAUGAGAGCGAACUUCCCUAAGUUUUCCAUCAGAUUUUGUAUUUUUGGCAUCACUACCUUCAGAAAAAGAUUCUUAUCCUUUCAUAAGAUUUUUUUUUUUUAAUUCUUGGACCCUGAGAGAGUUGUCAGAUCAGGGGUCUGGACCCUGAAAGGGUUAUUGAGCUCUGUCAAGCUCACUGCUGUUUAAAUUGUGAUUUGUAUCACUGUAAGCUUUAAACACAAUUCUAUGGCUACAGCAAUUCAAAAUGCCCUGGCUACAACACUUCACACAAUACCCUGUCUACAACACUUCACACAAUACCCUGUCUACAACACUUCACACAAUACCCUGUCUACAACACUUCACACAAUACCCUGGCUACAACACUUCACACAAUACCCUGGCUACAACACUUCACACAAUACUCUGGCUACAACACUUCACACAAUACCCUGGCUACAACACUUCACACAAUACUCUGGCUACAACACUUCACACAAUACUCUGGCUACAACACUUCACACAAUAC